GCCGGUUAGCUUCAAGAAAUAAGGAAUCUUAUUCAUUUUGAAGGUUGUUUUUGUGUUUAUAGAAUUGGCUUGGGUGGCGGUUUGUGUCUAUUAUGGAAGUCUAAAGUUGAUAGUUUAGUUAUUGCAUAUACUAAUAAUUUUGUAGAUUGCAAGAUUACUGAGGCUAAUAAAGUAUAGAAAUAUAUAGGUUUUUAUAGAUAUCUGGAAUCUAAUAGAAGGAGAUCAUCUUGGAACUUGCUUAGAGCUUUGGCAAAUUGGAAUUCUUUGCCUUGGCUAAUUUCAGGCGACUUCAACGAUAUUGCAGCUAAUGAAGAAAAGUUAGGUGGUCGGAUAGAGCUAAUCAUCUAAUUAAUGCCGGCAUUUGAAAAAGCUUUACAUGAUUCAGGUUUGUUUGAUUUAGAUUCAAAUGCUUUCCUUUACACUUGGGAAGGCACUAAUAGGAAUAUGGAUUAUAUUAAAGAAUGUUUGGAUCGUGCUAUGUCUAAUGAAGCAUGGAGUCUUAUGUUUCCAAAUACUAUGGCACCUUCUCUGGUGCUUCCAGUUUCAGAUCAUUAAGCUAUUUUAAUGGAGUUGGAACCAGGUGAUAGGAAUUUAGUUGAUGGGCCUUUUCGAGUUGAUAAUUCGUAGCUGAUGGAUUACGAAUUGGAAUUGAUCAUGAAGAGCUGUUGGAUUUUGAACUUAGAUUUGGACUUUAUAGGAAAGCGGGACCUAUUGAUUAAUAUAGUUUAGAAGUGGGGACAUGGCAGGAUUAGGGAUUUUUGGAGGAAGAGAAAUCUCCUGAGUCAUCAGAUUGAGCUAGAAAAGGAGUUAUACUGUGAUUCUCAUUCUUCCCAUCUUAAAGAAGAAAGGCAUCGUAUACUGUUAGUGAAAGAAACCCGUAGGAAACAAAAGGCAAAAAUAUUUUUGUACAAGGAAGGAGAUCAGAGUUCUAAAUUUUUUUUACAAACAAAUAAAAGGGAGGCAAUCAUAUAAUAAAAUAAGAGAUUUGCAUAAUUCGACAGGGGAGCUGAUUUCUGAUAGUGAUGCUAUGGGCUCUAUUGUGAGGAGCUAUUUUCAAAUUUUGUUUCUUGGUGACAGUAAUGAAAAUUUUGAGAGGGUAAUGAGACUUGUGGAAAAAAAGUCACAAAGCAUAACGUUGAUUUACUUCUGAGGCCUUUUCAGAAAGAAGAAUUUAAGGCAGCUCUUUUUAGUAUGCACUCGGACAAAGAGCUUGGCCAGAUGGCCUUAAUCCUGCUUUUCUCUAGAAGUAUUGGCAUAUUAUGGGUGAUGAUAUCUUUCGUAGUGGUGUUCUCUAGCUUAAUCAAGAGUAAAUGCCGACCAACAAAUGGAAGUGCACCAGCAAGCCAACACGUCAUCAACAAAGCAAUAGUUUUGGAUAACGCUAAUUGGAACGCUUUUGUCCAUGUUGCAGUAUUUCAACAUGAAGAUUGCACAAGUUUUGGGGCUGUAUUUGAAGACCCAGAUGAUGGUUUCCUUAAGGCUAUCUCCGGCUUUCAAGAAGGUGUCGAGUUACCUGACAUUCUGGAAGCAAUUGCUUUACGAGAAGUAUUACUGCAUGUGAAGGACCAUUUACGUAACGGUGGUUCUAUUUUUAUAGAUUGUCAACGUCUUUUCUUUACUUUAUAUUCUAACUCUUUAGAUGUGUCUGAGUUUAAUUUGAUUGUGAAGGAUUGUAUGAAUAUUCUUGAAUCCCGACCAAGUGUUAAGGUUUGAUGAAUUCGUUGGUUUUUAAAUGAACUUAUUAGAGUUU